UUUAUUAAUUUUGAUAGAAAAAGUUAAAAGUGGAUAAAUAAUUAAGUAUUCCUUGUCUACCAAAGAUUGGCCAUAACCACAUCCGAUGCCGUGUUGGGGCAAUGACAACACGCCACAUGUCCAUGGACUUUUCGAUUCAGAAGCGGCGCAGCCACCGGCUGUUAGAAGUCCCACCCACCCGCCUUCGUCGUCUUCGUCCGGAAAAUUGCAGUCCACCACUUGCUGCAACCACCGUGAAAUCACUUUCUCUUUCGCCACCAGCGCCGGCCACCCUCGUCGCACACUCAGGUUAAAAUGGAGAAUGAUGUUAGAAGCUUCACUGAAUUGUUGCUUCAAGGGGAGAUUACAAACAAUGAAUCACAAUACCAAAAAGCAGGGGGAUUUUGGAGAAGAGUUGAAGAGAAUUACAAUAUGGAUCUUCCUCCUCAUAUUAAACCUAGAGCACAAAAGGUCAUCAAUUCUAGAUGGUUACGGGCAAAACCAGAAGUAAGCAAUUUUUUUGCAUGUUUUGAGAAGAUUACUCGAUUAAAUCCGAGUGGGGCUAAUGAAUCAGAUAUUCUUAUGAUGGCUCAUAGGGAUUACGUUGCAUUAUACGGGAAGAAGUUUAAUUUAGAAUAGUGGUGGCGCGAAUUAAGGAAUGUGCCAUGU